AUGGCCUCGCACUCUAUUAGCAGUAUAAAAAAUAAUUUUAUAUAUGUUAAAGAGAUUUGCGACAACUUCGCACAGAAUCUUGCUAAGGAGAUAAACGACUCCGAUAUCUAUGCCUUUAGCAACGACAUAGUCGAGAAGAUCGAAAACGACAGGCAACUGUUAAAACAAGGAAUUGGUGAAAUCCAUAAUCCGUUUUAUCUAAAACCUGCACUUCACGCUGUCCUCAGCCAACUCAUAGGCCAGGUGCGUGGUGCGGCAAAUAAGAUCGAUAAAAUAAUUCAGCAGUGCAAUAUUGCAUACGUAGACAGUGCUUACAAUAAGGCAAAAGAACUAGUAGAGAAACUUGAAAAAGCGCUUAAACUAGGUACCCAUGCCGUCGACUCCGCGAUCGACGGGGUGACGAAGACGCUUGAUGCGGAGAUCGGGAAUGAUGAGGUAUCCAAGCAGACAAUCACCUCAUUACCGACACAGAAGUUUACGAACUACAGAAGUUUUGUAGGACAAGAUAAUUUGUCUAGCAUCACGCACGAGAACCUUGACCAGCUAGCAGGCUCCCUCCCCGCGGCGAUCGGUGAUAUUGAGCGGCAGGUGACGACUAAGCUCACAGCCGGCAAUCUCAAAUUUGAAAUAAGUGACGGCCAAACUUUCCAAUCCCCCUUCUCCACCAUCGAGCAACAACUCAACAAAAUCGCCGGGCUGGUUGACAGCAGCAAAAAUACUGGCAGCUCAAGUGAGGGCAUCCAACAAUACUUAGGUGCGCUUGAUGAAAUGCUCACCGGUAAAGGUGCCGUAAACAUCAGUGCGAAAGACGUAAAUCCGAACGCUGUCCAAGGACUCGAGAAGAUCAAAAAUGAUAUUGGCCUGCUGCAAACCAAGAACAUUGAGAAUGUGAAACACAACCUCAAUGAGCUCUGCGCAGCGGUGAGAUGGGCAGCCAACGAGGUCAACUGGUUUUUGAGGGAGAUGAAAAAAGGGCAGAUUGAUGAGAAACUGGUAGGGAUCAGGAAACAAAUCGACGACCUACGUGUCAAGGAGAUACAGGGUACCAUAACCCUAUGCACUGACUUUCUUCAAAAAGCCACUGAAUCAGGACAAGUUACAAUCAAGGCACUUGAAAAAUAUGUCGAUGAACAAGUUGCCGACGCCAUUAAAACUAUCACCACCCAAGCUAAAAAGCACUACGUCUCCACCCUCAAGACUGAGCUGCAACACUUCACCGCCAGAGUUCAAGGCCACUUGACUGGACUGACGACGCUCAUUGACAAAGACCUGGUCCAGGGUUACAAGGGGCUCAUGAAGACUGUGCAGGGCGUUAAGUUUAUUGUUAAACUGAAGGAGACGUCGGAGUUUGAGACGUCGGCAGACACUGCUCUCUUCACUAAACUACAAACAGCUGUACCUCUGCCACCCGGGCAAGAGAAGCCAACCAAGGAAAAUUUCAAGGCCUUAGUAGAUGCCUUCGAGCAUUACUUUAAUAACAUCCACGGCUAUGUGAAAAACGAAAUAAAGAGACUCAACGAACAGCAUGAGCAGACACUCAAUUACAAGCCGACACACGCCGAAUCUGAAUACAAUAAAAAAGUUAACGCAUCCAGACUAGACGGCGUACACAACGAACUCACCAAAAUUAUAUACCAGCUUAAGGUGGGCAUGAGGUACGAUCGUUAUCUACCCGGCCUGCUUGACGGGCUGAGCGAAGCGCUUGAUGGCCUGAGACCAGAAUGCUAUGCGCUGCCGUCAACUCCUCUGCUGGACUGCAUCGGAAGUGGGCUUCGGGGCUUCGUUGGCGAACUACGCAUGGCAUAUAUCUCGGUAUAUGAUUGUGCUGCGUAUGAUUUCAAUUGGGAUGCUGACGGUCGGAAGUGCGCGAAGGUAUGCCUCACUAUAAUCCCGGUGCUGUUUAAUGAACUUUAUCCGUUGUUCUAUCAUUGCUGCAACGGAUGGAAGACUUACAGAAUUGAGGGUAGAGAUAAUAAAAAUGAAUUGAGAGAUUAUUUACAGAAUCAGGGUUACGCGAUUGACAAUCUCAAAAAAGACCAUGCCGGCAGAGAAGUGGCUGUGUGUUGCAAUGUCGGUUUUAAGGAACGCAACGAAUUUGAUAAAGAUGCGCAUGACUUCGAAUCUUUGGACAAAUACAUUACACAUUAUGAAGGUAAAGGCGUUGUGUCUAAACUAUUCACCCACCUAAACGACUAUUACAAAGUCUGUCACUUAUCAACUUCUUCUGCCACCAGGAAUCCCUCUUCUGUGUAUGAUAUGCUCCAGUGGCUCUGCGGUCUCUCUUACAAUGUCGUAUACCACGAUUUAUCAUUUGACGGCUUCAGUGGUUUAUUCGAGAAACCUGAAGAGCCGGAAUACGAGGAGGGUGGCGUCUCAUUUGGGGAUGAAGAUGAGGACACUUUGUCAGCCUAUCCGCGAAACAUUACAGCAUCCGACAUGAGAGACACGCUAACAGAAGUUUGCCAUUAUUCGCACGAUGUUCUCGUAGGUCUUAUUGGCCAUGGACACGCGGACGGAAUAUAUGCGGUGGACUUCAACACCAAUUCUCAAGGGUUCUCGUAUCCCUCUCGCUACGGCCAAUGCAUUGAUAUGCUGGUAGACAUCUUGCAUCGUCUUUACCAACAGCUCUACUUCGUAUAUUGCCAAUGCUGCAACGACGAAAUCUGUUCCGGGUGGCGGGGUUGUUUGUAUGGCAAUGCAAUCGGUGGGUCAGAUUGGAAGUGCAACUCAAAGCAAUGCGCUGACCAAAAGUGUAACCAAAAGGUCAACCAAACGUGUGAGUUACACCCUAAGUGCGGUGUAAAAUCUCCGUUACAGUCAUACUUAGAGGAUGGUUUGCCGGGUUUUCUACCACACUCAUUUAAGAAACCAGGUUGUAAACUAGAAUGCACUGUGUCCAACCAUCGCGGCAUACCGUGUAAGACGCCAAUGGGCUUUACAGAUAUAAGCACUAUGGCAUCGCAUACUCAGACACGGUGA